AUGAAUGGUGUGAUCAAACAGGAUCGCUCGGACCACAAAAGUGCACCAACUGGAAAUGAAGAAGAAAAGGCACCCAAAGAAAAGGCUGCCAGCGAAGUGAGAGAUGGCACCAAGCUCCAGCCACCACCCUUUGCGGAGCGGAAAAACGUUUUACAGCUACGGCUUCAGCAGAGAAGGACCCGUGAGCAGCUGGCAGACCAAGGCAUCAUGCCACCACUGAAAAGCCCAUCUGCAUUCCAUGAACAGCGAAAAAGUCUGGAGCGAGCCAAGACUGAAGAUUAUCUCAAGCACAAGAUCAGAAGCAGGCCUGAGAGAUCAGACCUGGUCAAUAUGCACAUUUUACAAGACUCAGCUGCAGAGGGGUCCAUUCAGUCUACUCAAAUGAAGCUGAAAAGAGCCCGACUGGCAGAUGAUCUCAAUGAAAAGAUUGCUCUCAGGCCAGGUCCUUUGGAGCUGGUGGAGAAGAAUAUUAUUCCUGUCGACUCAGCUGUGAAAGAGGCCAUAAAAG